GCACCAGGACACCCUAGGCCGGAGGUCAAUGAUCGACUUUGUAGUUGUGUCAUCUGACAUUCGGCCGCAUGUAUUGGACACUCGAGUGAAGAGAGGGGCUGAGCUUUCAACUGAUCACCAACUGGUGGCUGGUUUUCAUCCUGGUUGUGGAACACUGGACCAGCUCUAUACCCUUCACAUUUGCUUUUUGCGGAUGAUGUUGCCUUGUUGGCUUUUUUGAGCCAGGACCUGCAGCAUGCUUUGGGGCGGUUUGUAGUCGAGUGUGAAGCUGCUGGGAUGAGAAUCAGCACCUCUAAGUCUGAGGCCAUGGUUCUCAACUGGAAAAACCCUCCGGGUUGGGGAGGAGAUCCUGUCUCAGGAGUUUAAGUAUCUUGGGGUCUUGUUUACGAGUGACGGAAGGAUGGAACGAGAUAUUGACAGGCGGAUCAGUGCAGCAGCCGCAAUAAUGCAGUCGCUGUAUUGGUCCGUUGUUGUGAAGAAGGAGCUGAGCCAAAGGCAAAGGAACGCCUUGGGGUCCCCCCAGAAGAGCUGGAGGAAGUGUCUGUGGAGAGGGAAGUCUGGGUGUCCCUGCUCAGACUGUUGCCCCCCCUGAAUUAUGAAAAUAUAGAUUUUUCCAUCUUGAGACUGGACAUUUGUGAUGGUGUAUAUUACAUGGGGCAGUGGAGCUGCCAAGUUAUGUGUGUGAAAUGUCCUCUUGAAAACAUGUCUGUUAAUUGUUAUUCUUCCAGCGCCUUUCUUUUUCAUAACCUCGAAUUUACGGCUCCACCUGUCCUUGCUCUUUCUACCCUCCAUCACCACUGACAGUCAUUUCGCACUGUUCUGUGCCAACAUUAUUUAAUGUGGCCCAACCAACUGAAACAAUUGGGAGGCGAGAAUUCCCUCAGAUGUUAGAACCCAUCUAAUCUGCUGUGGUGUUACGGCUGCGCUGCCAUGGAUAAUUAAUGUAGCCUAUAGUUGAAUGGAGAAGAAAAAUAAGAUUAGAUAAGUGAGAGAUAUGUGUUUAAAUUAUGCUCAUGAUCCAAGCGGCCCAAACCGAGACUGACAUGGGCCAGCCCAUCGGGAAAACUCCAGAAUGUCCGGAUUAGCCACUCUGGCCUUGAUAGUGACAAUAGUGAAUCAUUGUGUGACAUAUGUGCACCCCAACAACGUUGUGUUGUUUUCUACAACGAUCCCGGCUACGGGUGUGCAGCCUCUUUGAAGCUAAACACCAGAACUUCCCAGUAAUCAGUCAGAACUGAAGAAGCCUCUUGGAUGAGUGGUGAAACGUCUUCAAAAGAAAACCUACUCUGUCCAGUUGUCCUCAAUGUAACUAUUCUGGGAUAAGAUGACCUGGUCUUUGAAAAUGAGUUUCAAAAUGUUUUGUUAACGAUGCGGUCCAACAUUCCAAAUAGAAUAAAGCACUGUUGACCAAACCCACGGUCCAAACAGGUUUCCUCACUAACAUUUUCCACCCUGUGGUUAAGGUCUUACUGGGGCUCAGGAAGCUUCAGCUAACAGUUCUACUCACUGUUCUACCGAGAAACAGAUCAUAGCUGCCGUCCCAGUGGAGCACUAACUGGACAGUGGGAUGAUGGAUCUCAUCAAGUGCAGCUGCCAGUCACAACACAGGGGUCUGCUCUCUGAGCCGCAGCUAUGUGCUGCUGUUAUUCUGGUCGCACAGUAAUGGGGGCACGUGUGUUUGGCAAAUAUCCCUAAAUCUGAUGAACUCAGACAAUGGUGGCUGACAGUGAUGAGGAGAGGGUCCUCUUUACCUGCUGCUCUGACUAAAGAAGGCAUGGGGUAUUUAUAGAGCUGAAGAUACAGGCCAGGGGAGGGAGCCACUAUUAUAUAUCUGCCCCCUGCUUAUGUGCCCCGCUCCAUCACCCAGGGCCACAGACACUUUGAAUCCAGCCUCCACUGAGACAUGUCACCAAAGAAAGCAAAGAAACGGUCUGAAGGAGCCAGCUCCAACGUCUUCUCAAUGUUUGAACAGGCUCAGAUCCAGGAGUUUAAAGAAGCCUUCACCAUCAUGGACCAGAACAGAGACGGCUUCAUCGACAAGAACGACCUGAGAGACACUUUUGCUGCUUUAGGUCGUUUGAAUGUCAAGCAAGAGGAGAUUGAUGAGAUGCUAAAGGAGGCGCCGGGGCCGAUUAAUUUCACCGUCUUUCUCACCAUGUUUGGAGAGAAGCUAAAGGGCGCUGACCCAGAGGAAACGAUUCUCAAUGCCUUCAAAGUCUUCGAUCCUGAGGGAAAAGGAUCAUUAAAAAAGGACUUUGUCACGGAGAUGCUGACAACACAGGCUGACAGAUUUUCAUCUGAGGAGAUGGAUCAGAUGUUUGCAGCCUUCCCUCCAGAUGUAGCAGGAAAUCUGGACUACAAGAACCUGGUCCAUGUCAUCACACAUGGAGAAGAAAAAGACCAGGAAUAAUAAAAAAAUCUAAACGCUGUUCCCUGUUUGUGUUGUGAUUUACAGAAUCAGUUGCUUACAUGAAUGAUGUCAUUAUAUUAUUUUAAUUUUCUGCCUUUUCUUUUUCUUUUUUUCUUUUUUGCUGAUGAAAAGCUCAAAUGGGUGGUGAUGUAAAAUUGUAAAAAAAAACCUGAACCAUCCCUUUAAUAUGUUGUGAUUUGAUCUGCAAUGACAUUUUCUGAAAAGUACAAUAGAAGGAAGGGAUGUCAGAUUGUUUUGAGCAUCUCUAUAUGUACAACUACAAGUUUUACAACAGCUAGAAAAUUAAAGUGUGUUAAAUUUUGACCUGUGCUGUUUUCAUCAUGUCAGUGGAUUUGGAGUUUUAUUGUCCAGGCCUGUGAGGGUGCUCUGUUAAAUCCUGAUGCAAAAAAAUAAAAUACAGUAACUUUCCCCACUUGUAGACAAAUUUGUGCACAGAUUCAUUACCUGAGGCUACAGCAGGAAAAAAAAUCUUCAGAAGUGAUAUUUAAUGAGUCAUUUAGGUCUU